AUGCUGGUCACUUUUCGCGUGGCCAUCGCUGUCGCCUUGGUCUUCACGAUAUUUCUCGUGAAGAACCAUCUCAAUUCCCUCGAUCAAUGGUCGACUGAUGGCAAUUCUGGGCCUGAUUUUAUUCUCAACGAUGCGGGCGCCCAUAUUGAGCUGGUCUCGGGCGAUGACCAUAAUCCGGAGUUCCCGGUUGAGUCGGGGGUGAGGAAUGCGUCGUUAGAGUCAAAUGUGUCGAGUACACCGGUGCCGACUACCAGUAAGAAUGUAUGGGAGAAACCUACAGGAGCGCCGGUUAUUCCGUCCAAAUUCAAACCGAAGCAAAUUCCUGUUGAUGUGCCUGAAGAUACCUUUGAUCCAUUCUUGGAAGACUUCUAUUAUUUCGGGGAUGAGGAGGAGGAAAGGGAGGAUUCGCAUUAUGAUAUGGGUCGAUUUGAUCAUAAUCAAAUGCCGAAGAAGAAGCCAGAGCCUCCAGAACCUCCAAAACCACCACAAGUACCCAAGUUGACCGAUCGCAUUAUUGUACUGGGAAGAAUGUCUUGGGAAGAUUCGGAUUGGUUGGACUGGGAAUUACCAGAAUGGCCAAGCGCAGUUUAUGUCGUCGACGACCCAGAAGCCGAAUUCCAUGUCCAACAAAAUAAAGGAAAGGAGAGCAACAUCUACCUCCAGUAUAUUAUAGAUCAUUACGACAAACUACCCGAAUAUAUGGUCUUCUUACACGCUCACCGAACCAGCGCACACGUUGAGUUUGACGAACAGGACAAUGCCCUGACUGUACAACAAUUACAACUGGACUAUGUGCGACAAGCGGGAUAUGCCAAUUUGCGCUGUGACUGGGGUCCCGGAUGUCCCGAUGAAGUCUACCCAUUCCGACAGUUAGCUGGCCGAACAACAGAGAUCGCAUUCGCUGGAGCGUGGAUCCGAAUCUUCAACAAUACCAAUAUCCCCGAAAUUGUCGGUACACCUUGCUGUGCGCAAUUUGCUGUGACGCGAGAACAGGUGCAUGCUCGUCCACUGAGUGACUAUCAACACUUUCAUAGCUGGCUCAUGGAGACAGAACUGGACGACGAGACCAGUGGACGUGUUUUUGAAUACUUGUGGCAUAUCAUUUUUGGGCAGGAUCCCGUCUCAUGUCCAUCCAAAGCUCAGUGUUACAUGGAUGUAUAUGGCUUAGAGUAUGUUGAGCCGUCAAUCGAUUGGAUGUUUGAUGAAUCAGAAUAUGAUGAUGAAUUUUGGGGAGGGUACGACUACCCUGGUGAAGAAGUCGAGGACGACGAGUUUAUGGAGGAAGAUGAUGACCAGCAGGAGGCAGAGGACUCGGAAUACUCGCCAAAGUUGAAUGGGACUGGCAAAGCAGAGCCAGAAAGUUCUGAUAAAUUCGAUGUGGAUGAUUCCCUUGAAUUCGAUGAGUCUGAUCUAGAUGAUUCUCCUGAGGGAUCAACAAAAAGCCACUCUGGCUCCGACUCGGAUCAGUGGCAGGAUUUAGAAGAGGAGCCUGAACAAGUUCAAGUUGACAGCACAAGCAGCUCGCAGGAACUUGAUUCUUAA